UGUCACUGAGGAAAAGGGAAGAAUCAAAAGAAAGGCGCCAGAUUUCCCAAUCAAACCUCGGCGGAUGGCGAAUCGGGGCAGAGAUAAGAAGACAAGUAGGGAGUGGGGUUGGUAUUUUGGGGGAAUGCCGGGAAAUUGGGCAAUGGCAGUUAGCGAUUCAAACUUUUCCGUUUGAUUUCAUUUCCCUCCUCUCUCUCUUCGGCCAGGCUUCCAAAUUCAAAACCUUUUCUCCUUGUCCAUUUUCCAAUUCCCACCUCAAACCCUAAUCAUACUUUCCAUCUCUCUCCAGUCUCCAUCCCCAAUUCUCCUUUUAAUCUGAGUUGAUCGUUUACCUGUUCCUCUAAAGUCUAAACUAAUCAGCCGCCGCCCCACUCCCCCACUGUCACCUCUCCAAUCCUUGUGCCAUUUCUCUUCCUUCUUUGAUCACUUCAUUCUCUUCCUUGCUUAUCAUCUCCACUAACUCUUAUUCGUGUUCUUCGCCCGAAGUGUGUCUGGCUGUCUUGGAUCAAUAAGGUCAGUGAACACUUAACCCUCGUGCUUCAGUUUCCUUUGAAUGGCAUCCUCUAUUUGCUUAAGCUGUUGACCUGUUUCCCUUUCUGUUAUCCGUGAAUCUGUCAAAAGUUUGGAGUCGUUUUUUACAUCAUGGAUUUUGUGUUAGUCAUACUGGGUUUGAGACUUGAGAGCAAUUGGGGUAUUUACAGACCCCUUGGGGGGAUAUCCGCUGCGUUUAAAUUCACUACUGCUUCGAAAGCUGAAUUUUUUUUCCAAUUGAACUUGAUUUGAACCCUACGGCAGCCUUGUACGCAGUAGAUGUGAAUUGGGUUCUUGAGGGAUUGACUUCUUCUCUUGAUUCAAAGCCUCUAGGUUCAUGAUCUGCUUGGUUGAAUUGAUGUUUGAGGAAACCCAGAUGGGAUGAUUGUCGCCCCUGUCACCAAAACUGAGACGGCGGGAAGAAACUGUUGAUCAGUAGUCUCAAUAUGCAGACGCAUACUGAGUUUCUCAUGGGGCUUUUGUGCGUAUUUUCCAGGGAUAAGUUGUUCCUGGAGUAGCUAGUUUCAUGUGUGCUUGAAUGAAUGAACUCAACAGGCUUAGAAAUACGGUAGUAUGUCAGUGGUUGCUGUAAAUUGUGAUCCUUUAGAAGUAUGGCCUGUUCAUUAACUCACCACCUGGGCUAGAUUUUGUUGAUUUUUGAAGAUUAUAAUAGAUAUGAAGUGCUGCUUUACCGGUGGAAUUAAGGGCUGUAUUCGAGCCAACCUAGAUCUGUUCCUUUUUAAUGUUUUCUCCAGUCAUUUUAUAAGAAUGAAAUGCUUCCUCCACUUGUCCUCAAUACUAUAAAGCCUGCCAUAUAUCUUGUGCUACGAAUUGCAAUACUUCAGUUUCUUUCUCAUUAAAAAAUUGUACGUUUCUAGUGUUGAUGCCUUGAUGCUAUCUAUAUUUCAGUUCGUUCUAUGUUUCGGCUUAAGUUGACGAAGUAAGAUUUUUUGACAGGGAUGGAUCAGAAUUCUCCAAAUGCCCUGAUUGCAGAAGAUGUAGUAGUCUCCCCAGAGAAGGAAGCUAUGGAUCUUCAACAAACCAUGCCUGAUUUCAUAUCCGAGGCGGAGGAAGUCUAUGCAACUUAUGAAACUGAUUCUCCUUUGCUGACUCCUGAUACAAAGCUGGGUGGAAACAAGGUCCAUCGUGAACUUGCAUCUGGCAGUUCUGGUGGUGGUGCCAAUAGUUCUGAUAUCUCCUUGAAGGAUGGAUCUGACUCAUCUGUGUCACUCUCAGACUCUGACUCUGAAUCUUCCAACUCUAGCAACGCCUACUAUAGUCUCCCGAUAAACACUGGUCGGAAAGCUGUGUCGUACCAGUUAGGGAAUGAAGAAAAGGUAGGGAUGGGUGUCGCUGAUGGAAAUAAUGCAACUUAUGAAGAACUGCUCAGGAAAGUAGCCAUGUACGAUAGUGAGCUGAAGCUUUCAAACCUAAAGCUGCAGAAGUCAGAGGAAGAGGUUUCAUGGUUGAAGAAUGAGCUGACAAAGGGUACAGAAAGUAUGCAGUCUCAACUCCUAUCUGCUGAGAGAGAGAUCAAAGUUAGAGAAGGCGAUCUUGAAGUUGAAAGGAGAAGAGUUGUGGAGCUGGAGAAUAGAAUAGCUGAAGGUGCAUCAGAACUGCAAUACCAGCUGGAGUUGGCGAGAGUAGAGAUAGCAGCAUUGAAGGAAAGCAACUUGAGUUACAGAGUUCAACUGUCGGACCAAGAUGAAGAGGCGAAGGCACUGAAAGCUGCAAUGCUUGGCGUGGAGGUGAAAUUCCGUGCUGAAAGGUCAGAAUUGCAGUCUCGUAUAUCAACCAUGUCAGAGCAACAGAUGGUGCUGGAGGCAAGCAUCAAACAAUGUGAAGUAGAGAAGAUGGAGAUGAAAACUUCGCUUGAUGCUCAGGCGAUUCAGUUUGGAGCUGAGAUAAAUCAACUGAAGGCAGAGCUCACUAACAGAAGUGAAGAAGUGGAAGGCUUGAACAAGAACUUCGACACCUUAAAGCACAGAUACGACAUGGUCGUGGUGGAGAAAGAUGAGCUGAUUGCUACGGUGAACACCACGAAAGCUGAGCUGUGUUGCCAAGAGGAGCUGAGAAGGGAAGUUGAGGAGCAUCUGAAAAGGUUGAAUCUUGAGAAUGGGGAUUUGAUUGCUGACUGUGAGAGUGGAAGGAAGUUGGGAGAGGAACUGAGGAUGAGAGUGGUGGAUUUGGAGAAGGAAGUGGACAGUCACAAGGUUGAGCUUCUAGCAGGUGCUGAGGAGAAAAGGGAGGCGAUUAGGCAGCUUUGCUUCUCUUUGGAGCAUUACAGGAGUGGUUACAAAGAGCUUCGUGAAGCGUUUAUUGGACACAAAAGGCUUCGUGUUGUAGCCUAGCAAGGGACAGAGAAGGAAGCUAUGGAGUAUGUUGGUGAACUGAACUGAAAUGAAGCUGCUUCUGGUCGUUGAAGUUUGUUUAUGUUUUCAAUAGUGAUAAUAUGUAAUGUGAGAUAGGUUUGGCUGGGAAAGCAUUAAGGUUUAUCAAAAGAAGCUCUUUUUCUGUUAUUUGGGAAAUGAUGGGCGAGGGAACUUGCCAUAGUGAUGCAAGAUGUGAGAGUUGGUUGGUUGGGCUUCAAAUUUCAGUUUGAAGUUGUGAGAAUGCUUUAUUUGUUUACUCUAUAUAGUGGGUAUGAUAAAAAAAAUUCAGGCAAAAUUUCAGCUCCUAAGAGAAUCUCUUUCACCAUGGACAAUUGGUAUGUUGAUUCAUAAUAGUAAUGGUCGUUGUUAUACUAAACAGAUUGUUAAUAG